CGUCAUCUAGAGUUGGGUUUUUCGAGAGCAAAAUUCCCCAUAAACACCACGCCAUGAGUCUCUCUCUCGGCGCGAUCUCUCUGUGUGUGUUUAAGCUUUUGAUAAGCACGUCGCGGUCAGAGCGUUGUGUGUAGUCUUUGUCUGAAUUGUGGCAUGUGAGCAUCUCGAGUAGUUCAUCUCUGUGAUUUUUGCAUCAAAUCAUUUGGCAAAACAGUGCAGUUUUGGUGAUCCUGGUGAGGACAACACUGAGUGUGUCUGAGGUUAAAAAAGUGUAUUGCAAAAAGUGUUUUUUGGGUGAAAAGUGUGACUUAACGCGAAGAAGGGUGACACAUUCGUAUUCCCGGGAGAUGAUUAAUGCAGUGACUGUCGAUAGAAAUCAUAUGAUUGAGAGAUUCCUCAAAGAGAAGACUUGAAGCAAUAAUUCAGAGACAGGAUUUGAAACGACAAAGGAUGUAUGUUUGCUGGGUGAAUCCAACUCAGAUGGGCAUGAUGCCGCCAACAAUGGUGUGGCCACAGUAUCCUGCCCUCCAGCCGCCUCGACACUUCUCACCAGCCCCGCGGAUGCGUUCAUGGACACAGAAUGCCACUGGCGGUGAGACGGUGACUCAGAGGAGCCCCAAGGGGGAGACAAAGGCACGCAAAGAGCGCAAGGACAGCAGUGGAAUUUCGUCAGACGAUGAGGCGAAUCUGCUGGAGAAGAAGUCCGACGAUGGCAGUAGCGAUACGAGCGAUGGUGCGGCCAGGAAUGUUCGUGGUCGACGCUUCGGCAGCCGGAAGGGCAAGAAGCAGCGCUGGAGAGAGAAAUCAACCACCUGUGAAGUGACUCGCGAUUGCUUGGAGGAGGAGGAAGAGGACAAGGAGCUUCAGUACUACGUGGUGGCGAGCAGCAGCAGUGAGGAUUCGCCGAAGAAGGGUUCCAAUUUCCGUGGGAAAAAUACAAAGGCAGCACGCCGGCAGCGCCGAAACCAGAGGAAAGACAGUCAGGAGUCUGUGGAGAAGGUGACCAUCGGAAGGAGGGAGAAAGGGAAGAGUGUGAAUUUCAGCGGAUGCGACGAGGAGAGGAUUUGGACUCUCACGCCGCCGUUGCGACAGCACACGAAGCUCAACAUGUCUGAGGACAUUCUUACUUCCUGCUUGAGAUCAUACGUUCUCCUGCCACACCAAUUGCGUCCGCUGGGCUUUCCAGUGUUAUGCGAUUGGGAUCGCCGUCGCGCGAUCAUCUACAAGAGCUCCCCAGGAGAGUUCUUCGCACUCAAGAGGGCCUCGAUCGUGUCCAGUGGAAGUGUUUUUGACGUGAAUGCAGCAGAAUUCGUGCCCGCCAGUCACGGUGAGGCACCAGUGAUUGUCAAUGAAUGCGAUGGAUUGGAAAAACCAUCGCAGGAGGCUCUGCUGUCUGAGGACAGUGGCCAGAGUAGUGGAUCAUCGAGUCCGCCAUCAGUGGACGGGGAGGAUGCUCUGGAUGACACAGUAACGUUCAUCCCAAGUGAGGAGAAGCGAUGCUGUCGCUGCGGCAGAGGAUUCUUUGUCACUGUGGAUGGGGAGUACUUGACCCAUGAGCAGUGCGUCUUCCACUGGGGAAAGCUUCAGCGCGUGGAUUGCCUUCCGUAUGGCCGAGUGGAGUUCUCCUGCUGUGGUGGCGAUGCUGGUAGCCGAGGAUGCACCACAAAUAGCCUGCACGUGUGGUAUGGCCUCCAGACGGGUCUCAAUGGUCCCUUUGAGGGCUUUAUGGCCACUCGUCAUGGCGCUUUCGAUGGGAAACAUCAGAUUUUUGGACUGGACUGUGAAAUGUGCUUCACAGGCCGUGGUUUGGAACUGUGCAAAGUCUCUGUUGUGGCGUCCGAUGGGAGACUCCUGUAUGAGCGACUGGUGCGUCCAGAGUGUCAGAUUGUGGACUACAACACUCGCUUCUCGGGCAUCUCUGAACAGGACUUUGUGGCGCGCGGCCACAAUAUUCGCACACUGAAGGAAGUGCAGCAGGAUUUACUGAAGAUGAUCAGCGCUGAGGCGAUUCUCGUGGGACACGGCUUGGAGAAUGACCUGAGAGCGCUUAAGAUCAUCCACAGGAACAUUAUUGACACUUCAGUGGUAUUUCCACACACGUCCGGACUGCCGUUCAGGCGCUCCCUCAAGUCUCUGGCGAAGACCUUCCUCAAGAGGGACAUUCAGACCGCAGCCACGGGACAUGAUAGCCUCGAGGACAGUCGGGCGUGCAUUGAACUGAUGCUGUGGCGUGUGCGAAAGGACUUCCGCACCAGCAUCAACGGCCACUGAAGGGUUAGAGAGGAGACCAACGAAAAAGACUGCUGCCUGCAGAGAUAAUUUCUGUGAUGUUUUCCCUUUUAUUAUUUUAUUUACACACCUGAUAUCCUCGCUCGUGAGUUGCUUAAUUUCUCCCCACUUAGCGAACCCCCUUUCAUUAGUCUUGCGAAAGAGAUUUUUUUUGUGCACGCGAGGAAGAUAACGUACAAGAAACAGAGAAUCUUAGUUAUAUAAGAACGAGAUAUAACGACUAAAAAAUGCUAAUAAAAGUCGAUAUGAGAUAUUCUUAAUUGAAGACAAAUGAGAAGUUCCUUGAAU